AUGAAAAGUAAACAGAAUAACGCUCCGGUGUCUCAGACAAAAACCUUGGUAAGAGAUAAUGCAUACGAUCCAAGAGGUAUUGGUUUCAUAUGUGUGUUUUUUGUUUCACUUUGUGUGAUCAUUGGAAACGCAUUUUAUUUGAUCACUUCUGCAAGAAAUAAAUCGAAAGACACUCGAAGAGAAAGGCCUCUUCUGGAUUCGAACGAAGCGGAUCAAAAAGAAAAGUCAAAGUGA